CAACAUGACGUCGUUUGAUAAGGGUCCAAGCCAGGCGACGCGGCCGCGCGCGAUGGCGCCUCCUUGAUGCUCCUCGAUGCGACAUGGCGCGGCGCGCAACUCCAGCCCCAUCUGGGUCGCGUCACCUUGAUGGGCGACGGCUCUGUACCAAGCGGGGCGAUUUUGCCUCCUCGACUUUGUGUCCUCCAGACCCGCCCAGUCCGCCUACCUGUGAAGAGUUUCAGAUGGUGUAACCACGGGCUUGCGUGAGCAAAAUGAGCCGCAAACCUGGAGACGUCUUCGAGCGUUGUUGUUUCCUCCGUUUGUGUCUAUUUCGAGACCGGGAGAAUCACGAUAAACCCAAACACAGCGGCUGGCUGCUGGCUGUUGGGCGCCUUCGACAUUCUUCUGACCUCAUGUCCUUCAACGAGGGCCCUGACGCGCAUUUAUAAGCCCUGGCAGACGUCGGCGUCGAUGCGCUACGUCGUCCACUCCGCCGCCGGACGGGAAAUUGACAUUUGCCUGGCGAUAUGGCUAUCAGCGCUGUCUAUUGUAUACGUAGAGUGCAUAGGCUGGGUGCACGCAAUCUCCGGCCGUGAGCCGGCCACAAGUACAGGUUUCAGCGCGAGAAGCACUUCACGAAUCAACCCAGCGAUCGCUCCCUCUCUCUACAGACCAGGCCGAGCAGGUCAUUGGUCUAGUUCACAUUGCGUGCUGUACAAUCAUAAACUGCUGUACAGGGACUGCGUACCUAAGGCGCCCUCGACGGCUCUGGAACAAUUCCGUUUGUCCAAGCCAAUCUCAUCAGACAAUGCGAGUUGAUGCAUGCAACGUAUAACUAAUGUAAUGCGCCACAGCGCAGGUAUGAAAUGUGUAGUGGUGAUAGUCUAGUCGACUGUAUUGAUGGGCAUAUUUGAAGGUCGUUCCCAAC